AUGUCUUUACGGAGAGAUUUCUUCAGCGAUAUCAUUGUUAUGUCUUUACUGGGAGAUUUCUUCAGAGAUAUCAUUGUUAUGUCUUUACGGAGAGAUUUCUUCAGAGAUAUCAUUGUUAUGUCUUUACUGGGAGAUUUCUUCAGAGAUAUCAUUGUUAUGUCUUUACGGAGAGAUUUCUUCAGCGAUAUCAUUGUUAUGUCUUUACUGGGAGAUUUCUUCAGAGAUAUCAUUGUUAUGUCUUUACUGGGAGAUUUCUUCAGAGAUAUCAUUGUUAUGUCUUUACGGAGAGAUUUCUUCAGCGAUAUCAUUGUUAUGUCUUUACUGGGAGAUUUCUUCAGCGAUAUCAUUGUUAUGUCUUUACGGAGAGAUUUCUUCAGCGAUAUCAUUGUUAUGUCUUUACGGAGAGAUUUCUUCAGCGAUAUCAUUGUUAUGUCUUUACGGAGAGAUUUCUUCAGAGAUAUCAUUGUUAUGUCUUUACGGAGAGAUUUCUUCAGAGAUAUCAUUGUUAUGUCUUUACGGAGAGAUUUCUUCAGAGAUAUCAUUGUUAUGUCUUUACGGAGAGAUUUCUUCAGAGAUAUCAUUUUUAUGUCUUUACGGAGAGAUUUCUUCAGAGAUAUCAUUGUUAUGUCUUUACGGAGAGAUUUCUUCAGAGAUAUCACUGUCAACAAAUAA